AUUCCUCUUACUCUAUUAAUUCAUCUCUCUCAUUCUCUUCACUCUUCUCAAAAUUCGAUCUUUAGGGUUUUUCUUCCAUCCGCUUAUCGCUAAUCUGGAGCUCUAAAGGCUUUAAAGGGUUUUUGUUUAAUUCGGGAGCUCAAGAUUGAAUUCUUUUAGAAAGGAUCGAUUUUUGGGUUGGUGAGGUCAGUAGAAGAGCAAUAGAAGAGUAAGGUUACUUUGUUUGUGGUUAGUGGGUUUUUGUAAUGGAGGACGGCGAGCUUGAUUUUUCGAAUCAGGAAGUGUUUUCGAGUUCGGAGAUGGGUGAAUUACCACCUAGCAAUUGUUCGAUGGAUAGUUUCUUUGAUGGGCUUUUGAUGGAUACUAAUGCUGCUUGUACCCACACUCACACCUGUAACCCCACGGGACCUGAGAAUACUCAUACUCAUACCUGUUUCCAUGUCCACACCAAGAUUCUACCGGAUGAGAGCGAUGAAAAAGUUUCUACUGAUGAUACAGCUGAGUCUUGCGGGAAGAAGGGUGAAAAGAGACCUUUGGGAAACCGAGAAGCGGUUAGAAAGUAUAGAGAGAAGAAGAAGGCUAAAGCAGCUUCUUUGGAGGAUGAGGUAGCUAGGCUUAGGGCGGUGAAUCAGCAGCUGGUGAAGAGGUUGCAAAAUCAGGCUACCUUGGAAGCUGAGGUCUCGAGGCUUAAGUGCUUGCUUGUGGAUUUGAGAGGAAGAAUAGAUGGGGAGAUUGGAUCUUUCCCUUAUCAGAAACCUAUGGCUGCAAAUAUUCCUUCUUUCUCGCACAUGAUGAAUCCGUGUAAUGUACAAUGUGAUGAUGAAGUUUAUUGCCCUCAGAAUGUAUUUGGCGUGAAUAGCCAAGAAGGUGCGUCAAUCAAUGAACAAGGGUUAAGUGGUUGUGAUUUUGAUCAGCUACAGUGCAUGGCUAAUCAGAACUUAGGUGGCAAUGGAAACGGAUCAUUCAACAACGCCAAUACAUCUGUCUCGAAUAAGAGAAAAGGUGGGCAUCGUGCAUCAAGAGCAGUUUGAAGCAUCAUCAAGCUUGUACCAUCUAUUUCCACCAGCAUAGAUAUUGUAUUCCAAAUAAGUGGUAGAGUUCAGCUGCAGCAUCAGCUUCGCUCAGGUUCCUUUGUAUUCUCAUUUUUGUUUUUUGUUCUCUGACUCUCUUUCCUUCCAUUGUAUCUCCUUGUUGAGCUUGCCGAACUAGAAGAAUUAUAUUGUUAAUACAAACUCAAAUGUUCUGUGUGUUCCUGCCAUUUGUUUUCAUACUUGAGUUGCUUCUUCUUAAGUUUAUGUCGAAGAAGUUGAUUGAAUAUUGGCUCUGUGCAUGACAAGUAGCAAUUGUUUUGGCUAUAGAAGUUAUUGAUAAGGUGCAUGAAUUUUUUUUCACUGCUGAAUUACAGCUUUAAGGAGUUGGUGGGGAGUUUCUUUGUGGCACGAGUGAGAUCUCUGGACAGGUGAGUUAUAAAAGAUUCACUUCCUG